UCAAUCUCGUACUUUUCCUACCACCCAUUUGUCUAACUGAAUUCGUGACUUAUGAAAAAAAAUGAAAAAGGAGAAAAAAAAAUGUACAUAACAGUAACAAUUUACUUAAGUGGGAAAAUUGAAAGCAAGAAAUGUGGUGGUUGGGGAUACAAACAUAAAGUGAAUUUAAGAACCGAGAGAUGAAAAGUGACUGAGAUAUUUUGACAGGAAGAAACUAAGAGUUAGGGGUGACAUUUGUGCUAUCUCUCUCUCUCUCUCUCUUGUAUUUCUAUAUGUAUUUCAUUUUUCAACAACACUUCAUCAAAUUCAUGCACCAUCAAAGAUAGUGCCCCAGAAACCCCACAAGGUCUCAGAUUUGAUCACCACCUCUUUAUGAUCUGAACUUUUACCAAACUCCAUUUCUAUAUGGCUUUCUAUGCUGGUAACACCACCAAUUGUAACAACAAAUUCCGAGGAUUCCCAGGGUUUGAGGACGAUGAUGUUGUGUCCACUGUGGUUCCCGCUGUAACAGUUGUGGUAGAGGGUCGUUCCAUCUGCCAGCGCAUCAGCCUCCAUAACCAUGGUAGCUACGAAAGUAUGGCCAAAGCCCUACGCGAAAUGUUUGUGGAAAACGCUGGAGACAGUGAUGAUCUUGACCUUUCCAAUGUCAUUCCUGGCUACCUUAUUGCCUAUGAAGACAUGGACAACGAUCUUCUUCUAGUCGGUGACCUUAGCUGGAAGGAUUUUGUACGUGUGGCAAAGAGAAUUCGUAUAAUUCCAACCAAGGGUAACUCAAGAAAAGGUUCAACGAGAGCGGCGUAAGCAAUGAAAACCUGCGACUAUAUGGGGGAUGUAGGAGAAAAACAUAGAAACUAAUGAAAUAAUUGGAUUUGAGAAGAAAAUGUGUUUUAAGAUCAGGAACGUGCGAUAAUGUUAGCAAGAAAUGCUGGUUCUUGUGUAAAGUCUUUGUGUUCUUGUACGAAUAAAAGCCCCGGUUAGUAAUUCAUGGUAUCAUGGACUACAAGUACUAUUUACUCUUGGCACCGAGGAAAAUAGAUUUUGAUUCCACAAAUUGGUGCGAGUGUAGGUUUUCAUAAAACAAUUUUAGUUUUUUUUAUGCACAAGAUUGAUGUGUGUGUGUAAAAUUUGGUAUAAUUAACCUUUUCAACCUAAUG